GUCGGUGAGGUGUACAUGACGCCAUUUUGACGUGACAGCGGAGCCACUAGCGGUGACAGAGAACUCUCCAGAAUCCUCGUCUACGAGUCGAAUUUACUAAAAAAAAAAAAAAAAGAGCUUCCUUUCAUAACAAACGACAAACCUGAGAGGAUGGGGAAUGUCUUUGCGAAUCUCUUUAAAGGGCUGUUUGGGAAGAAGGAGAUGAGGAUCCUGAUGGUGGGCCUGGAUGCCGCCGGCAAAACCACCAUUCUGUACAAACUCAAGCUGGGCGAGAUUGUCACCACCAUCCCCACGAUCGGUUUUAAUGUGGAGACGGUGGAGUAUAAGAACAUCAGUUUCACAGUGUGGGAUGUGGGCGGCCAGGACAAAAUCAGACCCCUGUGGAGACACUACUUUCAGAACACACAAGGACUGAUCUUUGUAGUGGACAGUAACGACAGAGAGCGAGUCAACGAAGCGAGGGAGGAACUGACGAGAAUGCUGGCGGAAGAUGAACUGCGUGAUGCCGUUCUGCUCGUUUUCGCAAACAAACAGGACCUGCCCAAUGCAAUGAACGCGGCUGAGAUCACAGACAAGCUCGGGCUCCACGCACUGCGCCAUCGCAACUGGUACAUCCAGGCCACGUGCGCUACAAGCGGGGACGGCCUGUACGAGGGCCUCGACUGGCUCUCCAACCAGCUCAAGAACCAGAAAUGAACCAUUCCACCCACCCUCAGAUCUGUGUGUGUAUAUGUAUGUUGAUGUGUGUGUGUGUGUGUGUAUGUGUGUGUGUGAGAGAUAAAGAGAAAGAGAGAUGUUGGCCUUGCCUAAACCUUAGCUGGUCUCAGUAUAUUUUUAUCCCCACAGAGAGAAAGAGAGAGAGAGUGUGUGUGUGUGUGUGUGUGUGUGUGUGUGUGUGUGUGUGUGUGUGUGUGGAAGUGCCAUUUUACCAACUCAAGUGUGUUUGUGUGUGGACACGAGUGCAACAUUCAGCACAAACCUCAACGGUUCUCAAUCUUCUUUAGUCUUUCAUAAGGGUUAAGGCUUCGCUCUGUGUGUGUGUGUGUGUGUGUGUGUGUGUGUAUAUGUGAGUGUAAAUGUGUGAUUCUGAGUGCAAGUGUUUACUUAGUGUGUAUGAGAGAAAGAAAGUGUGUCUGCUUGGACCAUAGAUAUACAUAUUAUAACCUUGCGUUCACUCUAGCAAGCGACAGGUGACCAGUUAUUCUGAAAAAAAAAAAAAAAAAAAUGCUGGUCAGGCCACGUCCACUCACGUGAUCAGUAACAGUCGUUAUAUGCCCACAAGAGACAAACUACAAGUUACUUGCUAGUGUGAAUGCAGGGUUAGAGACGGAGAUAGAUGAUGAUGUCAUUCUGUACAGAGCCACGCUGUAAAAUGAUCGUCUGUGGACAUGUAACCUAUUCCUAAAAGAAGGAAAACGUUGAGGUUUGUUGUUUUUUUUUUUUUCUUGCAGCAGAAUGUAAUUUACUUGUUACAUGACAUUUCAUGUGUAAGUCUUAUUUAAUUGCUUUAACAACUGAAAUGCAAGACAGACAAUAGCUUGUGCACGUGUUGUUUACUUUUAGCUGAGUCUUUGUUAGCUACAUCAGCUUGUUGGAUUAGAUUAUUUAUUUGAUGAAGGUCAGUUAAGCAAGUUAAGGAAUGGGAAAAAAAAAUAAUCAGAUGUUGCUUUCCGAAGGACAAAAUAACCUCCGAAAAAUGCGUAGAAGUUAACGGAAUGUACGUGGCGGUGGCUUCAGUAAUGUCGGCUGUCCACGUCUCUAAUGUGUAUAUCUAUGGCUCAGACUGAGGACGGACCCCGGCGUGCCUUUCACACACCUCUCCUUCAAAACAAUUCUUUCAUACACACUCUCUCCUUUUCUCCUUUUUUUUUCAUCCUCAAAAGUGGAUUUCAGAUAGCAGAGGAGGAAGGAUGGGUUUGCGACCUGCUUGACGAUACUGCUUUUAACUUGGCUUUGUUGAAUCGUUGAAAAUUUUCAAAAUGGCAGAUGUGUAUAAGUGUAAAGUAGUGCAGUUUAAUAUUUAUAAAUAUUUUUACUUUGUUACGUUCAAGUUCUGUGUGUUAUGUGGCUAAGUAUUUCAUCUGUACAUGAUCACUGAUUGCUUAGCCUGCUGCUUGCAUGCUAGGUAGCUGAUAAGUUACUUUGAAGACGUAUGUAGAAGAAACAGACCAACAAGUGGACGAGGAAAUGUUCCUCAACAAUGUUUAAUCAAAACGGUUUAUAAGGCAAAUCCUGGUUAUUGGCUACAUAAGCUGAUCAUGUGACAGUUGCGUGUCAUACAAGGGCGUGUUAAAAGCAGUAUUGGAAAGCAGGAUUGUUUGUUUGGUUCCCUGCAAUAACUCAUAAAAAUCCACCAAUAGUGUUACAGGCAUGUUGAAUAUGGGCCAGACGUUCUUUUCUAUGGGUGCACUUUUAUUCUAUUUAAUAAUGAAGAAAAUUCAGCCCUGGUGUGUGUUGUGUAGCAGGAACGGCAUUGUAACCUGUAUCAGGUUGGGAAGAUCCUUUUCCAUCCUCGAUUGUCCCUUGCAUCAUUUGAAAAUCCCCCCCCCCCCCCUUUUUUUUUUCUGCCACCUCUCUUCUGAUUCCGCAGUUUAGUUUUCAGUCCUGAACGGGUGUAGGAUAGAGACAAGCCAGAAGAGUGUGUCUGGGUUCUUGACUGUACACUACCUUUCAACCAAGCACAAUCACAGUACAUUCCCCACUCCUUCCCUUGUACUUUUGGACUUGAUUUAAAUUAAAAACCCUUCAAUCA